AUGGCGGCCAUAGACAUACGGCUGCCGGUGGCGCGCAAGGCGCUCAAGGCGCUGAAGGAGAGCGCGGGCGGCGAGAAGCACCUGGUGGCGCCGGGGGACAUCAUCACCACGGACACGGGCUACAUGAGGGGCCACGGCACCUACGUGGAGGACGAGAAGCUCAUCGCCUCGGUGGCCGGCGUCGUGGAGAGGGUCAACAAGCUGGUGUACGUCAAGGCGCUGAAGACGAGGUACAACGGCGAGGUUGGCGACAUCGUCGUGGGGCGCAUCACCGAGGUUCAGCAGAAGCGAUGGAAGGUGGAAACCAACUCCAGGCUGGAUUCCGUCUUGCUGCUGUCAUCUAUGAAUUUACCCGGUGGGGAGCUGAGAAGGAGAUCAGCAGAAGAUGAGCUUGCAAUGAGGGACUAUUUGCAGGAAGGGGACCUCAUCAGCGCAGAAGUCCAGUCUGUGUUUUCUGAUGGGGCUGUGUCGCUGCACACACGGAGCCUGAAAUAUGGGAAGCUCGGCCAAGGUGUGCUUGUUCAGGUCUCCCCCUCGCUCGUGAAGCGCCAGAAGACUCAUUUCCACGACUUGCCCUGUGGUGCCUCUGUGAUCCUCGGCAACAACGGCUUCAUCUGGAUCUACCCAACUCCAGAGCAGAAAGAUGAGGAGGCUGGGGGCUUCACCACCAACCUGGAGCCAGUCCCCUUGUCUGACCGGGAGGUGAUCUCACGGCUCCGGAACUGCAUUGUGGCUCUGAUUACUCAUAAGCUGAUGCUUUUUGACACCAGCAUCCUGUAUUGCUAUGAAGCAUCCCUUCCCCAUCAGAUCAAAGAUAUUAUCAAACCAGAGGUGAUGGAGGAGAUCGUGCUGGAAACUCAACAGAGAUUGCUGGAUCUGGAGGGAUAGGGCAGAAGUGGUCAUUUGAAGUCCCACUAUGGCAGCUUUGGAUUUUUUUGUUUUGUUUUGUUUUCAAUAUCCCAGUCCCUAGCAUUCAUUCCACGAUUCGGAAAGCACCCUAAUUCAUCAUUUUAAUUACUAGAAUAUCUCAUUAACCCUACAAAAUGGCUUAGACUUUAGUACACUAGCCUUUUAGUGCAGCAGUCUGAAAAAUGGACUCUACCCUUUGUGAAGAUGCAGGUGUAACUGGACAUCUCUUAUUGUGCUCCUUGCUGUGUGUAGCGCCUCUGAAUUUGGUGCAGAGUGAUAGAGAGAUGGGGUGAAUUUUGUUUUCCUCUCCACAAAGGCUUUCUAAAUGGUUUUGUUUUUUCUUUACUGUGAUAGAGAUCUAUCAGUCUGUGACUCCAACUGAGAGCUCUUUGUCUCUUAAAGAAUACAGAUCACAGGAACAAGUCUGAUGGGAGGAGAAAUUAAAUUUUUUAGAGUGUCCUCAACCUGCUAACUGUUCAUGGCUUGUGUAUCUCAAAGUUUUGGGAGCGGAUGUAUCGUGAUGUGACUGCCCACGAGUCAGGUAGCUAUUUUGAC